AUGCUGGAACAUCUUCCCAAAGAUUGUUUGGCAGUCAUUUGCUCCUUCCUAUUGGGCUCGUACAGCUAUUACGAGUCAUCAUCAUCUACCGCAACGGAUUCAAAUGAUCAACAUGAAAAUUCCACACAACUCUCCCGAAAUCGUUCGUUCGGAACUACAACUACUUCGACUCGACUUGAUGAUUUAAUUCCACUCCGUUCACUCAUGCAUACCCAUCCUCAACUCCAUGACAAUAUUUAUCAUAACGAGCUGAUUUGGACUCAACUUGCCAUUCCCUUUCCCGAUUUCCUUCAAUCACGCAUUCUCUUUCAAUGUUUGACAGAAGAGUUGGAAUUGGGAGAUUUCAAUAUUUUGGAAAAACUCGAAACACCAUGUAAUUAUGAAAACCAUUCCUCAGUCUUGAUCACUCUCUUUCAUCGAGCAUUAUUGACAUUUUGUGAUUUGAAUUUGAUUCGGAAAGUGAUGAUUUCCAAAGUAUGGGCAAGUCACUCGUUCCUGGAGAAAGUAUUGAAUUUAUUUCCAAAUGUUGAGGAAUUAACUCUUUCAGUGAAAUACGAUCGAACUAUUUAUCGACAUUUAUUAUUGGAAAAUAUUGGAACUCGUACUCGACAGGAUUCGAUAUGGUUGGUAAAGAUUUUUAGAAAUUUAAAGAAAAUCAGAGUGUGCGAUUUUGAUACUUUGAAAUUAGUGUCGCAAAUGAUGCAAGAUCUUUCAUUGGAAAAUAUUUCAAUAUUUUGUGUCACAAAAAAACAAGAAAUGAUUCAAUUACUAGUGGAACAUGUAUGUCAUUCACAACACAUGAAAAAUAUUGAAAUUCUAUCACUCAUCUCUAUCGAGCAAGCAAAAAACUUGUUACCACUCCAUGACAAAAUGACAGUAUUGAAAAUCUCUGAAACGAAUCGACUCCAUUUGACAAGUUCGAAUGUAUUUCAAGAAAUUUUCACAAAAUUUGAAUAUUUGCAAUCAUUGAGCAUUUCGUUUCCUUCUCUUUCAUCGAACUCAGAAAUGAAAAAUACAAUUGAAUUAUCUGGAACAUGGAACCAUUUAGAAGAAAUUUCCCUUCGAUUUGCAACCGAACAGUUCAUACCCAUCUUGAAUGUGAAAAACUUCAAAGCUCCCAAAUUGAAAUCUUUUACAACGAGUCAUUGCAUUCUAACCGUCGACAGCAGCAUCAAUAAUGUCACAGCGCAACACAACAAUACUUGUUAUAUUCCUUGCUUGAACAAGUUGCAUUUUACAAACGUUCAUUGCAUGGAAAGUGAUUAUUGGACCUCUUUGCCCAAUCUUUCAACAUUCUUUGCGACCUAUCAAAAGUAUUACUCUUUUAGUAUUGAUCAGAAUAUUAAUCGAUAUUCCUUUCAAUCUCACAAACACUUGAAGAGUGUCAUGGUGAAUGGAAUGAAUUGGAUUUCCAUUGAAAAUUGUAGAGCAUUGAAAAAGAUUUCAAUUUCCAAAACAUCCCACGUAUCCAUUCAACUUUCAAAUUCUAAAUUAAGCUAUUUAAGCUUGGACUCUAUUGAAUCCUUUUUACAAGUCCAAGUAGAUGAAUGUGAAACUGUUGUAUUGAGAGGUAUGCAAUAUCAUGUUGCAGGACAAAAUUUCUCUCUCAACAUCAACACAAUUCAUACAUUGAACGAUACCAUGACAAAUCUACUCCAAGUUCAACAGGUGAAGAAUUUAAAGCUUUAUUGUCAGAAUAACCAAAAUCGACAACAUUUACGUAAUUAUUUAUCGACUUGGAGUGCCAAUUUGGAAAGUAUUCAAUUAUUGGUGACCAACAAAAGUGAUUCGUACGAAAAAGCAAUUUCAAAAGUAUUUUCAAACUUCACUUUGGACGAACUCAACAAUAAGAUUAUUCCAUUCCUCUCACAACCAAUUUCACAAGUUGAAGAAACAACUCGAGAAUUUUACAAUGAUCAUGAAGAUUAUCUUAUUAAAACAGAAAUUGUGGCUCCACAAUAUGAUUUGGACAAUUUGAAUAUUUCUAUUGGAAGCGCCAGUUUUAAAUUGGAUUCAUGUAUGGUCAAAAGAUUGAAUGUUUCGCAUCUCAAGUAUUGGGAUGACACGAAAGCAUCAGUAUUGCAAGCCGUUGAGAAGUUUGAUUGGUCACUAAUUGCAAAAUCGUCUGAUUUGAAUAUUUCCAAAUUGCAUAUUUUCCAACCCUCACAGAGUAUUGUGUUUUCGAACUUGAGAGCGUUAAUGUUGACAGAUGUUUCAAAAAUUGAAUUGAGGUUGAACUCUUUUCCUCUCUUGAGUCGGUUUGUUGUGAAUAGGGGAUUGAAACUCUUGUUGAAUAUUGAGAGUUUUGAAUUUUUACAUUUAAUUAUUUUCAAUAUUGUGAACGUGAAACAGUUGAGCAUUGAAUCAUUGAGUCAACUGAAAGCACCAAAAUUGAGAGAAUUAGUGAUUGCUAAUAUUGAUGAGAAAUUAAGCUUGGGAAGUGAUAUGAUGUCCAAAAACAAUUUGGCCAUGAUGGACUCCAAUUUUCCAUCAUUACUAUUUUCGUUUGUGGAAGAUUGGAAUGAAAUGGAGAAGACACAAAACGCAAGGAGGAAAGUAAAUAAGCAAACUUGUGUUUUGGCUUGA